UGGAUCCGGUCGUGCAGUAAAAAGAGUCUCCCCUGAAACUACUGUUCUCUUGUAUCCUUGUAGUGGGUGUCUCCUGAGGAUAGACAUUUCCCCCCCGGUUGUCCUCGGGACAGAUAUGUAGGCUCGUGCCGAAGGCUGUAAGUGCUAAAGUGCUGUUCCCAAGUGGUCAAUUAGCAAUUGUGAAUUAAAUUAACUUUGGCGUCGGGCAUAGAAGGGUGAAAGUGAAUUUAGUUGCAGGCUUACGAGGAAGAUUUACGACGAUAGUGUAUUUGGAUCAUUGACCAGCAUCGUGCUUGAGAAGGCGGAUUACAAUUGCCUUGAUGGGGAUGUGUUGAGUGAUGGUGCUUCUCGGUGAGGCUUUGGGGGAAUGUGCUGCCCAUAAUUAAGAGUGCCGAAGAAAAAUGCUGUCCAAGUGAGAAUGGAUCCAUUAUCCCAUUAGUGCUGAACCAUCGUCGGUCGGAAGGUGUGAAGAUUUAAAGCACCUGUUGGCUGGUGCGAAUGAGUGAACUUCGGGCCGUAAUUUGCGUGCGACCGGGCAGCUGUAAAUGGAUUAAUGGAACGAAUGAAUAACUCAAGAUUCGCACAUGGAACCAUUCAACCUAGCAGUACAGCAUACUCCAUACAACCGCCACACAUAAACCGAACAACCAACAUGUGUUUUAAUGCUUGCACCUGAGUCACAAAUCAACGCGUUGCCAUCAUGGUCAACAUCGACGCCGACUGGAGUAUCCUUUCUAGUUUCCACGUGUGCCUCUCUACGAACUCCGCGCCAAUAGUGAAUAUAUGCUCGACGGGAGCACAUAAAAAAUUGCACUCAACAAAAUGAAUACAUAAAUAACUGACGGCAUAAAUCAUAAACCUUGUUGCACCGUGCGGCAGUGCUUUGCCGUUAUUUCGUCAGCCGCAGAAUCAUCCCUUAUCGUUGUGGUGCUCUACGUUUAUCAACCGCUAUGAUGAAAACUGUGUUCUACCUUCUAGAAAAAUGACAUUCAACAAAAAACUUAAAUCGACGUGACAAAAAACAAGUCCACGAUGGUAAUUACCCAACGAAAUACAGCAGCACUACCACGACAAAUCCUAUUUGAUGCAAGCGAACAUAAAGAAAAACUAGCCUCCGACAGUGUAUAGUGCCCAAAAGAGUGAAUAAACCAGCAAGGAAAAAGCAAGAGUGGACAAAAAUAUCCCCGGCGCAACCGAGCGAACAAAUGGACUGUCAUGAAUUAUGAAAGUGAUUUAACGCUGAAGUCACCUGCCAGGACAAGCAGCAGCUGCAAGACGCGAUGGACGGUGAAAAUCGCAUCAUCCUGAACGUGGGAGGCAUCAGAUAUGAAACGUACAAAGCAACCCUCAAGAAGAUUCCUGCUACUCGACUCUCGCGUCUGACCGAGGCACUGGCCAAUUACGACCCGAUACUGAACGAGUACUUUUUCGAUCGACAUCCGGGUGUAUUUGCCCAAGUGCUUAACUACUACCGCACCGGAAAACUGCACUACCCGACGGAUGUCUGCGGACCACUGUUCGAAGAGGAGCUGGAAUUUUGGGGUCUGGAUUCUAAUCAGGUGGAACCGUGCUGCUGGUCAACGUACAGCGUGCAUCGGGAUACUCAGAGCACUUUGGCCAUUUUGGAUAAACUGGAACUGGAUGACGAACAACCCUCGGAGGAGGCCAUUGCUCGGCUGUUCGGUUUCGAGGAAGCCCUCCUCAACGGUGAGCUGACUUGUUGGCAGCGGACAAAGCCCAAAAUUUGGGCACUCUUCGAUGAGCCUUCCAGCUCGACCGGUGCCAAGAUCGUAGCCGGCAUAUCGGUUUUCUUCAUCUGCAUUUCUGUGAUAUCGUUCUGUCUAAAGACUCAUCCGGGGCUACGGGUGGAAAUACCAGCCAUACUGAACGUCUCCACCAACGGGAGCAGCUUCGGUGCAAUUCUGGCAAACGUGACCAGUUAUGGUCCGACGGAGAGUGCCAGCAGUAGCAGUAGUAGCUCCAGUAGUGAAGGCGAUGACGAGGAAUCUGCUACGAGUGGAGAGCCAUCUCCUACAGAGGCCAGUAGGCAAGAAACUCCACGGCCUACGACGAGAAGUGGCGCCAGCAGUAGUGGGUUCUACCAGAGACCGGCAGGAAGGCUGAUAUCUUCUGCCUAUCGGUCCGGUAAGGGGGCGAAUAUUGUCGAUAAUUGGCAAGAAACUUACGGUCAACCACAUGAGGCAUUCUUCUACGUGGAGCUGGUGUGCAAUGUUUGGUUUAUAAUCGAGCUAAUGGUGCGACUUGUGGUCGCCCCCAACAUAUUCGAGUUCAUAAAAUCGCCGGUGAACAUCAUCGAUCUCGCGGCGACGCUUAGUUUCUACACCGACGUGUGCCAACGGAUGGGCGAACAGACGGGCCUGCUGGAGGCUUUUUCCAUCGUCCGAAUUCUGCGACUGUUCAAGCUGACGAGACAUUCGCCCGGGCUGCGGAUCCUAAUUCACACCUUCAAGGCAUCGGCCCGGGAGUUGACGCUAUUGGUGUUUUUUCUGGUGCUUGGCAUCGUCGUGUUUGCCAGUUUGGUGUACUACGCGGAAAAGCUGCAGGAUAAUCCGGACAACCAGUUCAAAAGCAUACCGCUCGGGCUAUGGUGGGCCAUUGUCACGAUGACCACCGUCGGCUACGGGGACAUGGCACCGAAAACCUACGUCGGCAUGUUCGUUGGAGCGCUUUGUGCUUUGGCCGGUGUGCUGACGAUUGCACUUCCCGUUCCCGUCAUUGUCAGCAACUUUUCCAUGUUUUACUCCCAUACCCAGGCCCGUUCCAAGCUGCCGAAAAAACGCCGACGGGUUCUACCUGUGGAGCAGCCUCGGCGAAAGCGGGAAGUCGGUGUCGCAAACCGGCGAAUGAACGCCCUCAAGCACCAGCACACCCAUCCGACGCACCCCGCCAUCUUCAAGGACGCUUUCGGAGGGGCGAAAAUCGGUAACGUGAAUGGCGUAAACGUGAUAGGACUCACCCUGCAGGGUCCCUCGGUGCCAGGAUUGGCCGUCCUGAAACCACCCUCCAUCAUGCAGCAAGGUGACUUUAUCAAUGUGCCCCAGCUGAACUCCCUGCAGCCUCGGCAGCCCACCACCGGCAAUGUGGAUUUAUUGCUUCCAUUACAACCGAAACUGUUGGUUCCUUUGGUGGAUCGACGAGAAACCAGUCGGAUGCCACCGGGCGUUUUUGGAGGAGUGCCACCGAUGAUGCCAACGAUGACGACAACGGUGACAACAGUGGGAAUAACUUCCGCCACAACGGUAAUGGCAAUGACUGCCCCCACGAUAGGCAGCUGCGUUCCGGAGGAUAUUCCUCUGGAACCGAAAGUGACGCUGCACAACGAUUCCCGUUCGGCAUCCGAUAGCUGUCCGGAGAGUCCCUGUGGGGAUGAAGUUUAGGGCACGAGAUUUUCGAUGUGUUUGUGAAUUGUGACAAGGUGGUGUGAAAGAAGGAGGAAUUAUUCUUGCGUGAAGAAUUUUGCUUAUCGAGUGGUGGUUUACUGCUUUACUUUGGAAGGAUGCAUAAUGAUCAUAUAAAACUGCUCGAUGCAGAGCAAAACAAGCAGAAUAUAGUUGGUAUAUCUAAAUUACUAAAUUUCAAAAAUAACUCGAAGUUUAUGAUUAGCCUUUUUUUCUGUUUCAGUUCGGGAUGAACCAUUGCGACCAGUUUUCUCUGAUCUUUUGUGGUAUACCCGUGUCCUUUUUUCAGCAGUGAUGGAAAGUGACGAACAUUUCUUCUGAACUGGAACAA